AUGGCAGAGAAAAAAGUAGACGAGUCUCCAUUUUUGCAAAAAAUGGAAAACUUCGAAAUAGCAGAUGGGAAGAAUAAGAAGGGGCCCAGGGGGGAAGUGAAAAACGUGUAUCGGAGUCUGGACAACGAGUUCAACUUUGAAAACGAGGAGGUGACUCCGGAGGGGGAAAAGCCUGCAGUUGUGAACGAACCUGUUGUGAACGAACAUGGUGUGAACGAGCCUGAUGUGAAUGAACCUGCUGCGAGGCAGACGGGAAAGAGCGACGCAAACAUACGGACCAUAAAAAUCAACCGGAAGAAUCUCAAAAAAUUAUUUAGCAGCCAGUUCUUCACGCAAACACUGACCGAUGACUCAAGUACCAAUUCGAUCAGCGAGCUAAAAAUGAGCAAGCGCUAUGCCACCGGGGAGUUCUUUAAGGCUCUUUUUCUUUUCACUCUAUUUCUAACGACCUCCUACUUUGCCUUUUUUUACAUUUACAAGAACUACUUUGGGAAGAGCCACCUGUGUGGGAAUUUGGAUCUUUACAAUUACAAGUACGAGAAUCAGGUUCGCUUCGUCCCCAGCGUUAGUGGUGCAGGGCAUUACGUCUUCACGGGAAAAUUCCCCUUCGACGUCAUAACGCACAAGGUGAGAAAGGAGGCCCUAAAGGAAAGUAUGAACGAAGAGCUGGAAAAGUACAACCAGGAGAACCCACAGAAGAAUCCUCUCGAGAAAAUCAAAGACCUAGAUGAACACCCCAUACAGAUCCUGUCCUUUCUCAAACACAACAAUAAGAUGAAGUGCGAGAAAAAUAUUUUUGACCUGUACAGACCCUUUUACUUAAAGUCGACUAACGUGGAUAUCAGCCAGAAGAACUUUAUCCUGAGUGAAGUAAACUAUAGCUUCAUCACCAAUCCGUACAGCGUGCCUGAGGGAAAGCUCUACGCAGAAGUGGCCAACCUCAUGAAGAAGAGCGAAGCGAAGAAUAAAAUUUGUUACAUGACUUCAUAUUUGAAUUCCUUGCGGGGCGACAAGGGGAUGGAUGUAGGAAGAGUCCUCAGUGAGGGAAGUGCCCCCACUCCAAACACAGAGCAGACGACGGAGAACGAGGUUCCAUCCAGUGAGGUUCCCAACAAGGCAACGGAAAUCAUCACGGCAGCCGUCGAAGGUGCAAAAAAAUUCUUAAAGGGAACACCAUCUAUUGGAGAAGAACAGGUCCUACAGAAGAAGGCCAACGAGUUGGGGGGGGGAGGCUACUUCAGCGGUAUGUUGCAACCCCCCAAAAGGAAGAUCGUCUACCUGUACGAUUAUUACGGGCAAUUUUUUUUUCUUUUUUUCCAUCUUGUCCACCUCCCCAUCAUCCACGCAGACAACAACUUCGUCGACCUGCUCGUCGCCAUCUAUAACAUGCAGUAUGGAAAUGCGUUCAGCGAUUUUAAGACAUACUGGGAAGACUUAAAGAGGAAGUUCAAGGUGAUCAGCCCGGAGGAAAUCUACCUGCUCGAGUGGUACUGCCUUGGCGUGAAUUACAACUUAAUUGAAAAUAACAAUCAUUUCAAGUUAAACUGCGUUGAUCUUUUAAAAUAG